AUGUCGAUGAUUUCGAAAUCAAAGAAAGCUUUUCUCAGUGCACCAGCACCUUUAGGUUAUGUUCCUGGUCUUGGAAGAGGUGCUACAGGCUUUACCACCCGUUCUGAUAUUGGUCCUGCCCGUGAUGCAUCUGACAUCAGUGACGAACGCCACCCUAAGCCACCUCGUAAACGAGGAGAUGAUGACGAUGAAGAAGAGGAAGAAGAUCUAAAUGAUACCAACUAUGAUGAGUUCUCUGGAUACGGUGGCAGUCUAUUCUCGAAAGGACCUUAUGAUAAAGAUGAUGAAGAAGCUGAUGCUGCCUACGAUGAAAUUGAUAAACGUAUGGAUGAUAGAAGAAGAGACAGAAGGGAAAAGAGAUUUAAAGAAGAGAUUGAAAAAUAUCGUCAAGAGAGACCAAAAAUUCAGCAGCAGUUUUCUGAUUUAAGGCGUGAAUUAGCGAGCGUAUCGGAAGAUGCUUGGAGAAGUAUCCCAGAAGUUGGUGAUAUUCGUAACAAGAAGCAGCGUAACCCCAGAACUGAAAAAUUUACUCCUGUUCCUGACUCAGUUCUUAGUAAAGGACUAAGUAAUAGUGGAUCCGUUAACACCCUCGAUCGGCGACAGCAGCAAUUAGGCGGAUUUCAAACGCCAUAUCCCGGCUCUUUGACUGGGUUUAAUACGCCUUCUUCGAGUGAGCUUGAUCUGAUAAGAAUCGGUCAGGCCAGAAGUACUUUAGUAGGUGUGAAACUUGAUCAGGUAUCUGACUCCGUAGAAGGGCAAACUGUGGUGGAUCCAAAAGGAUACUUAACAGAUUUGCAAAGUAGCACUUCCUUUGCUAACGCAGACAUUGGUGAUAUCAAGAAGGCGCGCUUACUUUUGAAUUCUGUAAUUACAACAAAUCCAAAUCACGGACCAGGAUGGAUUGCAUCUGCUAGGUUGGAAGAAGUAACUGGACGCAUGCAGAAAGCUCGUAACAUCAUUACUAAAGGCUGCGAAACAUGCCCAAAAAGUGAAGAUGUUUGGCUUGAAGCUAUUCGAUUACAGCCAAAGGAAACUAGUCUAUCGAUAGUCUCUCAAGCCAUCCGCAACAUGCCUAAUUCCGUUAAGCUGUGGAUUAAGGCGGCUGAACUUGAGGAAGAAACUAUAUCAAAGAAAAGAGUAUUCAGAAAAGCCCUGGAACAAAUUCCAAACUCUGUACGUUUAUGGAAAGAAGCAGUAGAAUUAGAGGACCCAGAAGAUGCUCGAAUUAUGCUUAGUCGAGCUGUAGAAUGUUGUCCGCAUAGUGUUGAUCUAUGGUUAGCCUUGGCAAGAUUAGAAAAUUACGACAAUGCUAGGAGGGUACUCAAUAAAGCUAGAGAAAGCAUACCUACUGAUAGACAGAUUUGGAUUACUGCCGCAAAGUUAGAAGAGGCGAAUAAUAAUAUCGCAAUGGUUGAUAAAAUUAUAGAGCGAGCUAUCGCAUCCUUGAAAGCUAACAUGGUAGAAAUUAACAGAGACCACUGGAUACUAGACGCAGAAGAAGCAGAAAGAAGCGGAAGUAUUUAUACUUGUCAAGCAAUAAUAAAAAAUGUCAUUGGAGUUGGAAUCGAAGAAGAAGACUUAAAAGAUACCUGGAUGGAAGAUGCCGAAAGUUGCAUAGCUCAUAAUGCCUACGCUUGUGCUCGUGCGAUCUAUGCUCAUUCGUUGACAGUAUUUCCGAAUAAAAAAGGCAUUUGGCUAAGAGCCGCUUAUCUAGAGAAGAACCAUGGCACUAAGGAAUCCUUGGAAGAAUUACUUCAGAAAGCUGUGGCCCACUGUCCGAAAGCUGAAGUUCUUUGGUUAAUGGGUGCAAAAUCUAAAUGGCUCUCUGGUGAUAUUCAAUCAGCCAGGCAAAUUUUGGCCUUAGCUUUCCAAGCUAAUCCUAACAGCGAAGAAAUUUGGUUAGCAGCUGUUAAACUUGAAAGUGAAAAUAAUGAAGAUGAACGUGCAAGGAUCUUGCUACAGAAAGCGAGAUCUACUGCUCCAACUGCUAGAGUCUUCAUGAAAUCUGCCAAUUUAGAGUGGUGCCUAAAAAAUCUAGAUGGGGCUCUAAUGCUACUUAAGGAAGGCAUUGAACAUUAUCCAACGUUUGCUAAGUUUUACAUGAUGACCGGCCAGAUUUAUGAACAAAUUGGUAACAUUGAUAAAGCGCGUGAAUCAUAUAGUGAUGGGGUUAAGAAAUGUCCUAAAUCUGUUUCGCUAUGGCUACUAAGUUCGGGUCUUGAAUUAACAAAAGGAGAAGUAACGAAGGCAAGAUCGAUGUUAGAACGUGGUCGAAGUAGAAACCCUAAAUGCCCCGAAUUAUGGUUGCAGGCAAUAAGAGUUGAAAAUGAGCAUGGAAACAAGCCGAUGGGUAAAUCAUUAAUGGCGAAAGCAUUGCAAGAGAACCCCGAUUCAGGUAUCCUCUGGGCAGAAGCGAUCUUCAUGGAAACUAGACCUGUCAGAAGAACGAAGAGUCUAGAUGCUAUGAAGCGCUGCGAACACGAUGCACACGUACUGGUGGCAGUAGCAAGAUUAUUUUGGAGUGAAUCAAAAGUGACUAAAGCUCGCGAAUGGUUCCAUAGAGCCGUAAAAAUUGAUCCUGAUAAUGGCGAUGCAUGGGCUUAUUUAUACAAACUUGAAUUACAGUAUGGAACAGAGGCACUCCAACAAUCAGUGUCCAAAAAAUGCGUUACUGCUGAGCCCCAUCAUGGCGAAUAUUGGUGUAAAAUUUCUAAACGAAAAGAAAAUUGGCGGAAAAAGACUGAUGAAUUGUUACCAUUGGUUGCUGCAACCUUAUUAGCGGUAGUCUAA